CACGUCGGUCUGCUAUAUGCCGACAAUGCAGACGUGCACAUCGUUGAUUGGCAAUGAAUGAUUUGAGAUCUCUUGGCUCUGCGAACAUUGCUCACAAGAGGCAUAAUCACUCGAGACCUCUACAGCGUCCAUCUCACAUGCCCUUCUUGGCAUGCGAUGACUCCUAGCAUCCGAAUUCAGUACUCCCGCCCAAUGACGGUGCCCAGCCUUCGAGGCCCUCGCGCAACAUAUCCAGGGUAUUCCCUCUCAAUGCUCAUAAUACAGUGAGAGCUCCGUACAGGAGCGAUGCCAUCCGCUCGCGACACUUACAGUUCGACCUGGUUAACCAGCUCGACGACUUACCAAUGACCCUCCUCUGGCGGCGGGCUCCUGACGAUGCAGGUAUAAGUACGCUACCGGCUCGCUCAGAGUUUUCGAUAUCCAGUCACUCACAGCUCAGGCUCACUCAACACCUCAGCUCUCAACUCUCUAUCAACCCUCGACACCUUUCCAACCCAAUUUCAACUCCUUCAUCUUCAUCAUGAAGUUCGUGUCCGCCACCUCCAUCGCCCUCGCCGUCGCUCUCUCCAGCUCGGUCAUCGCAAGCGCCAUCCCCGCCGACAUGAAUGCUCUCGCUGCACGUGGCGGCGACGAGAAAGGAGGCUUCGGCGGCAACUUCGACAACGACGCGAAGUUGAACAACAAGGACCAGAACCUCAAACAGGACGAUUUCAAGAAAAACAACGCGGUCAAGGACAAGGCCUACAACAAGGACAAGGUCAUUGACCUGCACCAGAACAAGGACAAGGAGAACGCGCUCAAGAACAACAACAAGAACGCCAAGAACGACAACCUGGAGAAGCAGCAGAACAACGCGUUCAACGAGAACAGCCAGUUCGGCAACGGCUUCGGCGGCGGCAAGUUUGGCAAGCGCGGCGGUGAUGAAGAAAAGGGCGGCAAGGGCAAGGAGGGGCUUGGCAACUUUGAUUCAAACUUCAACGAGUUCAACAACGACAAGAAGAAGGCGAACAAGAACCAGUUGAACGAGAACAACAACGAAGCGUUCAACAAGGACAAGCAAAACACCGACAUCAAGGUCAAGGACCAGGCUAACGCCAAGGACAAGGCCGCGCAGAACAACGAGGCCGCGAAGAAGCUCAACGAGAAGAACAAGAACGAGAAUGCUAAGAUCAACACCGACUUCUUCGGUGGCGGCGGCGAGGGCAAGGGCAAGGGCUUUGAGGGCGGCAAAGGCUUCGAGGGUGGCAAGGGCUUUGAGAAGCGCUCCCCCGCGCCUCAGUCCGAGCAGGGUGGUUACGCCCCCGCUGCUGACGCGCCCACCGAUCCCGUCACCGCCGCCCCACCCGUAUCGGGCGACGGUACUGGAAGCUCGAGCACCUCGAGCGAGAGCAACCAGGUUGCCCGCCGCGGCGGCGACGAGGAGGGUUACGGCAAACAGGACUAUGGCAAACAGGAUUACGGCAAGCAAGGCUACGGCAACCAGGGUUUUAACAAGGGCUUUGACGGCUUCGGCAACCAGGGUUUCGGUAACCAGGGCUUUGGCAACAAGGGCUUCGAAGGCAAGGGCUUCGAAGGCGGUAACCAGGGCUAUGGCCAGGGCAUCUACAGGCGUGGCGGUGACGAGGAGGGUGGCUUCGGCCAGGGCUUUGGCCAGGAAGGUUUUGGCAAGCAAGGCUUCAACAAGGGCUUCGGCAAUGAAGGCUUCAACUGAUUCUGAAGUCCUUUUAUUUAUUAUCCCGUAUCUCAUUACUCCACUGCGCAUGAACAUGUCGUAGUGGACACUAAA